UGUUUCUCCAAGGGGCAGAGGUCCUGUUGUUGUCGUUGACGAAUUAGAGGGAAGUAUAUUCAACGCUGACCAAAUUUGUCAGCGAGAAUCCAAGCUGAGAAAGCUCGCUGUGAGAUAACGCGAACCACCAGAGACGAUCUCGAACUCAACCAUCGCUACCGGAAUCUCUCCGCAUCUCCAUGUACAUAACUCAAUAUAGAUUCCGUUUCCUUCUCUCUUUGCCUCGUCUCUCUUUUCUUGCAGCUGUUCUGAUUCAUACUGACACUUUGGUUCCAAUUGACCCCAAGAGACUGAUAUAGGACUGCUCAUCAUGGCCCGCGUUGUCUCCGUUCAGGAGAUUUCCAAGCACAAUAUUCCCGAAGACCUAUGGACUGUGGUGGAUGGAACUGUUUACGACUUGACCGAGUUUGCCCCAGAGCAUCCCGGCGGAGCUGGUAUAAUCAUCCGCUACGCUGGCCGCGAUGCCUCUACCGCAUACAACGAAAUUCACGCCCCCUCUCUCAUAAAGAACUCUCUCCACUCCUCCAAGAUCAUCGGCACCCUCGAUCCCUCCUCCAUAACAGAAGAAUGGGCAAAACCCCCACCUACAGUCUCAACAUCCUUCUCUCCAGACUCCAAACCACCUCUCGAUACUUUAAUCAAUACACAUGACUUUGUAUCGGCCGCACGGCAGACCAUCACACCCAAGACAUGGGCCUUUUACUCGAGUGCUGCGACGGACCUCAACACGAAAGCACGAAAUAAUUCGGCAUAUGCGGAUAUUGGGUUGAGGCCCCGGAUACUCGUUGAUGUGAAGGAUGUGGACACAAGCACGGCCAUGCUGGGGCAGAAAAUGAGUGUGCCCAUCUUCUGCGCUCCAGCUGCAAUGGCAAAGAUGGUACACCCGGACGGUGAGAAGGGUAUUGCUCGAGGGUGCAGGAAGCUAGGAAUCCCGCAAUGCGUAUCAACGAAUGCCUCUUUCCCAAUCGCCGAAAUAUUCGAGGCUGUGGGCGAGCCAGGGACGUAUGGGACCUUUGAUGGUGAUGGGAAAAUGCCUUUUUUCUUCCAGCUGUAUGUCGACAAGCAGCGUGAGAAGAGCGCGAAGCUGUUGAGGGAUGUGGAAGCCCUGGGAGUCAAAGCCAUAUUCGUCACCGUCGAUGCGCCGGUGCCCGGGAAACGGGAAGCUGAUGAGCGAGUCAAGGCCGACGAGAGUCUCAGCACGCCGAUGAGUGGUGCAAAGGCCAAGAACGAUGCCAAAGGAGGUGCUCUGGGCCGAAUUAUGGGUUUAUAUAUCGACGCUUCCCUUUCCUGGGCUGACAUUCCUUGGCUGAGAAAAUGUACAUCCUUACCUAUUGUUCUCAAAGGGGUCCAGACCACGAUGGAUGCUAAGAAGGCAGCAGAGCAUGGAAUCGAGGGUAUUGUGCUGAGCAAUCAUGGUGGCAGAAGUCUUGACACUGCUCCACCACCGAUACUUUUACUUCUGGAGCUGCAGAAGAAUUGCCCUGAAAUCUUUGAGAAGAUGGAGGUCUAUGUUGAUGGUGGCGUCAUGCGAGGGACGGAUAUCUUCAAGGCGCUAUGUCUUGGUGCAAAGAGCGUUGGGAUCGGGAGGGGCUUCUUAUUUGCCCUGAAUUACGGGCAAGAAGGGGUGGCGAAGUUUGUGGACAUCCUCAAAGACGAGUUAGAGACGACGAUGCGCAUGAUGGGCGUCACAGAUUUAAGUCAAGUGCAUCCGGGCAUGCUGAACACAGGCGCUGUAGAUCAUUUGAUCCCUGGUUGGGAUGAGCAUCCAUACGCCAAGUGGCGACCGAAAGCCAAGAUAUAGACCAUCAAAGGUUCUCUAUUUGAUCUCAAUUUACCUACAAGAUUUGGAACAUUAUCAUAUUUCCACUCCCCAUCUCUUCCACCCUUCGUCGCGACCCUUCACUCUCUUCUUCACGACCGCUUCUACGAACAGCGCGCAAUGAAAAGAGAGAAUUCUCUUUCGAGGAAGCUAUGAGACAAAAAUUCCCCACCGCACAAGUGCACGAUGGGAGAUGGUCGUUGGUAGUUUUCAACUAGCAAAAACGCAAGCUCAGAGUAUCUCUUCACGGCUCUGCGUACAACCCUUGCACUUAGAUGGGGAGAAGAGAAAGGGAGUUUUGGAGGGGGGAAGGGAGGUAUUUAUACUUUAGGCGGAGGGUGAGUCAGAGGUGAGUCGGACUGGAUGGGCUGGAGCCUGGGACUGUGAUAUUUGGGGCUGGGUAAAUUGGAUAGGCAGCGGAACCUUGAUCCUGUGAAUCGUAGUUUGGCAGAACCGCGGUAUUA